GGCUCGCUUGUUUGUAUUCUGUUCCGAUGUGGGCUUUUAGUCUUUCAUCACAUCUGCCCUAGCCCAAAACUCCAUCUGGUCACGUGACCGUCCAGUGCUGCGCGACGUCCGCCCAGCCAGUCAAAUGUGACCCAUUCCUAACCCAUCGUCCGGGGCACCAAAAUCGACAUGUCGUCCAAGUUUGCCAUUUCCGCCGCAGUGAAAGAAUUAAGGUUCCACUUGUCUCAAAAUGGCUCGGCCUCCGCGCCCUUGAGAAGCUUCUUGACGAAGAACUACCCGGACAUCAAGUCGGCGACCAACUACAAAAUCCCAGUUUUGAUCAGAGAGGCCUACGGCGUGCCCCCCAGCAUAACCGCCAGGUUUGAAAAGGGAAGAGAAGUCAAGAACAGCUUGGAUGGGUUGGAUGAGCAUGCCAUCGAGAACGCCGUCAAGACGUUGUUGAAGUAGACAAUUGUAAUUUAAGGAAGAAUGAUGCCGGCUGUGGGCCCGAAGCGCGCUCAUGAUAUAAGAAUGUAUAGUCACAAUACAUGUGAACGAAAGAG